AAUAGGUUUUCAGUUUUAUUGUACAAGUCUAAUAAUUAUCUCUGGCGGGAUUACCAGUAAUGUAAUCUAUGAUAAAUGCUAUAAAUAUAUAUCCGUUGGUUACUUUUACUGAAUUAGUUUGGGCAAAAUGGCCGCGCUCGUGAAGUGUCUAAUCGUCCUGUGCGCUGCUGUAGCAGCAUCCGGAUAUGGCUUGGGUGACAUGGAUGUGGUGUUCCACCUAUUCCACAGAGGGAGCCCCUCGGUGAGCGAGCCACUGCUACCCACUGCAAACUCCAUCAUGCAGUCCUCGUUCUCUCCCUUCCGUCCCACUGUAAUAACUAUCCAUAACAGCGGCGAAAACGUUUCUGGAAACUUUAAUGCCUUUGUUGUUCCUGCACACUUGACCGCUCAAGACGUCAACUUGAUUGCUGUCGACUGGAGUGCAGGCUCAGGCAUGUACACACAGGGUCUCGCUAACGCCGUGCAGUGCGGUGAGCGCAUCGCGUCCUUCAUCAACCUGAUCACCAAUAUCGCCAAUUACGGUCCUGAAAACUACCGCAUUGUGGGUGUUGGUCUUGGUGGACACAUCGCCGGUAUUGCCGCUGAACGCGUUAUUGCUGGUACCAUCGCUCAUAUUGUUGCUAUUGACCCAUCCUUCUUCGGCUGGACUCACAACCCUAACAUUCUUAGCGCCGACAAAGCCUCCAAAGUGGAGGUCCUUCACGCUACUGCUGGUGUCCUCGGCUACGACCACCCCUUGGGACACCUUGACUUUUACCCCAACGGUGGUACCUACCAAACCAGUUGCGGUGCCGAUGCCUCUUGCUCCCACAUUUUGGGUUACGCCUUCUAUGCUGAGUCCCUAACUUCUGAGGGUGGUAGCCAAUUUGUUGCUACAGCUUGUGACAGCUACGAGGAAGCUGUUGCUCAGACAUGCUCUGGGGAAAAGGGAGUAGUCUUCGGUGGUAUCGAAGAUAAGACUGGACAAUCCGGUAUCUACUGGUUCCAGACCAACUUCGUCCCUCCAUUCGCGCAAGGUUAAAGGUUCCUUCAUGCUAAAUUUUACUUGACAACUAAAUAAAUAAGUGUGUUAAAC